AUGGGCACCAUCAUCCAUUGCAAGUGCUCCUGGCCAAUUGAAUUUGAAGUCUUAGACUUGGGAGGAUUGUUUGAGAUCUUAUUGGGAAAAAACUGGCUUAGGCAGGCAGAAGCCAAACAGAUAUUCAAGGUGGAUGCAAUCACAUUGACCUCAGAUACAGGUCCUAGGUACAUUGAGAACAAAAACCCAAGAGGCAGACAACUGCCAGUCAAACCCAAAGGGCCAAGACCAAACAGCAGACCAGUGGUACUGCAGGUCCAUGCUUUGCCAGCAGGGCCAGAGUCAACGCAAACACCCCCAAGCCCAAGUCCACACCCACACCCACUGUGCUGCAGCAAAAGACUCCUGAACAAAGGAAACAGAACCUCAACAAGUAGAGGCUGGAUGGCCAAACAGGCCCUGGUUGAAUACAAGUGCUAUAGUCAGAGCAAAGAGUCAGAGUUGAGAACACUUGAUAACCCAAACAAUUGGGCAGAGAGGCAUUGGCAAGAGGCACAAGCAGAGGCAGAGGACAGGCAAAUGAGAUCAAUCAUGCUCACCAAAGAGGAGGUGCCUACACCAGCUGUAACUCAACCCCUUGAGGAUGUACUCACACAUGCCACAAGAACAAGAGCAAGGAAGAGAGGUCCAGAGUUAGGUACACAGUUGGCUACAACUGCAGCAGUAAACCUGAAGUCCAAACACAAAACAAACCUGUUUAGCCCCAAACAAGUAGCAGAAAUCCUACAAAAAGUCCACAUUGGACUGGACCUGUCACCAGACCAGAGAACUGCAGCACAGAGUGUGAUCCAGGAGUUUGCAGAUGUCUUUGCACUUAACCUUUCCAAAGUCUGUGCAGUUAAUUUCUUGAAACUCUGCUUAGAUAUCCUGGCAGCUGCAGUGUUCCCUAUGAGAGCAGGUCAGAGGCAGAUGACUGAGCUGCAGAAGCAAGCACUUUACAGGAUGUUGGACAAGCUAGAGGCAGCAGGAGUCAUCAAACAGGUCAUGCAAGAUCAGGUUAAAGCAGUCUCACCUAUCAGCCUAGUACCAAAACCAGGAGGCAUCAACCUACCCACAACAGAGUACCUCCAACGCCUGGCCAACUUGGAGUGUCAAUGUUAUGGCAUACCAAUCCAAUUCCCCAAGGCAGGGUUCCACAAACCAGGACAACAGAGAGAACAGCCACCCCCAGCUAAGUGGCAACUGGUCCAGAACUUUGCAUCAGUAAACCAAGUGACCUGGGUAUACAUGUUCCCAAUGAGAGACCUGGUGUUGUAG